AAAGCUAGAACCGACUUUUCUUUUACCUUCACCCUCAAAUUUCACUAAAACUACUAUUUUGCCAUCCUUUUCACCCCUAUAUAUACCUCUCCCCCUUCGGUUCUUAAGUUUGCCGAAAUUUAUUCAGUGAAGAACUUCUGUUAAACAAUGGAGUCGUCGUCGUCCAAAAACAAAUUGCACCAUAAUCAUCAACGAUCCGUUUCACCAUCGGGUCGGUUCUGUUCUUCCACUAUUUCUUCCUCCACGUUCUCUGCUCAAACAUCCGAUUGGUUAACCCGAUCCACCUCUCCAACCCGAGUUAAUCUCCGUCGAUCAGUUUCCCCUUCCCCGUCCGUACGAUUUUCCAGCUCUAAUAACCUUUCAAUUUCGGUUUUCCCUCGUAAGCCGCAGCAGAAUAGUCAUCCAUUACCUUCUUCUUCCAAUCAGAAGAAGCACUGUACGUGUUCGCCGACAACACAUCCAGGUUCAUUCCGUUGUAGCCUUCACAGAAAAACUACUAACCGGAGUCACGGUCAAUCGUAUCACUCGAGUCAUCCAUUGAAUAUGAGGAGAUCGGCAAUGACGAAUUCGCUUGUUCGAAUUGGAGCUGUGGAAGGUGAAUUGGUGAAGAGAGCACUUGCUGCUUUGAUUCGACCGUCUUCUCAUCAACUCAGGCGUAGAUGUGAUUUUCAGCCUAAGCCUAGUAGGCUCUCCGUCAUGUCAAAGGCCGAAGAUUAUAUUUGUGAUGUACAGUUACCGUAGUUGGGUUGAUUUGCCCCCUUCUUGUUGUUGUUACUUUUCAGCCCUAAAAAAACAGAACCAUAAUUUUGUACUAUUUGAUUGAAUGUGAAUAGGAAACAAAAGUAUGGAUAUGUAAUAUACUAGUUUAAUGAGGGUAGCAUAUUAUUAUGUAUUAUAUAUCACAGUUUUAUCAAAAUUUAAGUGGUGUAAUUGUCAGGUGCCAUUAAUUUAGUGCUAGUUUUUUUU